AUGGAUUCCCCUACUGCUGAUUACGGCACGAUUCUCAACGUCGUCACUGAAGCCACCGCUCCAACGGCCGCGUCGGCCACCCUAUCGGAUUACAUGCGCUUAAGCUUAAGCUUGUGUACAGUCGUUGCCCGGCUUCGGGCGUCCGGAUGGUACUACGAGGGCGCCAAUGCACAGGCCAUGGCCACGGAUGCGCUGACCAGAAUGCCGGCAGGCCGAUUUUUCGUUCGAGAUUCCAGACACUUGGGACACCUGUUCACGAUGGACGUGCAAACAGGCCGAAUCGGCGAGUCCCGGCUCAUAAGCGUCCGGUUCACGUACGAGGAUGGCAUGUUCGGCCUGGACACGAUGCCACAGCACGCAGAUGCUCACUGCAGCGUCCCGAAGUUCCGGUGUCCGAUCGAGCUGGUCGAAUACUACGUACGGAUGUGCCGGAUCCAGGUGGCCCAUAUCCAGAUACCCGUGCACCCCACGUGGGUCGACCAGAGUGGCAAGUUCUUUUCUUGGAUGCACAUCAUCCGGCCAAUGGUUAAGGUCACCGCCGAAGAGUUCCCGUCACUAAAGCACAUGUCCCGCCUGGUAAUCAACCGGCACAAUCAACUCAUCACAAUGGCUUCUACAUCACAACCAAACCAAUUGAUGGAAUAUUUACUUCAAUAUCCGUAUAGCCUGUGA